CCGGAAAUUAACAAUCCCGUGAUGUCAGGGGAGUGCUAGCAUAGCAUCGGAAUGACUAAAGUGCCUUUCUCGACUUGGGCUCUGAACCUUUCCACCGGGUACAAGCUGUCAGGUAACAGUUUAGCUCCGACAUGGGGUUGCCGAGGUCUAAGGCUGUCGGAGGAUGUAUCCUUCCGCACGGACGCAAUGAAGCCUCUCACAGGACAUAACGGGAUGCCGCUCGGUUAGUCUCUCCGGAGCCCCGUGGUCAGAUUUAUGUGCUACACAAGCUAGCAGGCUAGUUCAUACGUUGUGGCGAGUUAAUAACAAGCUGCAUUCCGCUGCUUAGGCUGGAAACGAGGAGUUAUGGCGCGGCUGGUGUUGGAGCAACUGUCAGAUUUCGGGGACUAUACUGGCGGUAAAGAGCUGACUGAGAUCUUUAAACUGACGAAUAACAACGAGCUCAAAAACAGUCUGUCAAAUGUUCGCCUGAGCCCAGAUGGACAUCAUGUUCAUGUCAUCCUCUGCAAGCCUAAGCUCGGUCUUGUAACUUUUGACAAGUAUGAAAGACCCCAUCUGGCCCAGAACCAGAAGAAGCUGGAUUUGCGAUUGACCGUGCCGAUUGUGGAUAUCUUAUAUUUGGACCAUAAUAAUAAUAAUAAUAACAGCAGCAGCAGAGGCGCCGCAGCUGUGGCAGUGGUUUAUGAGAAUGGAAAAGCUGAGUUUUGGAGAUUUCAGGAGAGCAAAGCUGGAUGGCAUCUCCUGCAAACAUCAGAUUUGUGCAACAGCCCCAGUGCAAGAGUGGUGUCUGUGUGUGCCUGUUCCAAUCUUAUCAUCUGGUGUGAGGAGAGGCCGCCCUCAGAAAGCUCCCCUGCUCUCAGCUCCACAAGGAAUAAGCUGAGAUACUGUGUUUGCAGACGUGACUUCGAGGUGGAGGAGGGGGCUGUCCGCUUGGGAGGAGUGAAGAUCGCCCUCCACAACAAUCCAAAGUUCACUAUGGUCAGCUCAGGUGAAUAUGUACAUCUUCUUCCUGAUAUGAAAGUGAAGCCGCUGUUGAGUAUGUCCAAAUUCUUUCUUUCCUGGUCCCCUCACCAUGACACCCUCACAGUCAGCACCACGUGUAAAAACACUCCCUUGAAAAGGCUUUCAGCUAAAGAGUCUGACUUGAAGAGGUUGGUGACAGACUGUUUAGGAUAUUUAUCAACUCUUGAACCACCUGAGAUCUACGACUUCUCCCCCACGGCCUGUGGAGGCCUGCUGCUGCUGCUCAGCACAGGGUGGGUGUGUCUUCUGCAGAAAGAUGGGACGCUGCGGAAGGUAUACAAAGUGGCAGACAAUUUCAUGGUAAAAUGUGGCACUCACACAAGCCUCUGCAUGUACCAGGAUACCCUGGCACUGCUGAUAGGGCAAAACCUGCAUCUGAUAGACGUGAACUGUGGCAGAGAGCUGGAAAAGAUAGCACUGAAGAAAGAGGGGCUAUUGUAUGUAAAUCGGGCUGAAAGAUGUGCGCCUCACCUGCUCUCAGAAACUGGACUUUUUGUCGUUGUGAACAGGGAUAUGGACUCCAGAGAUUUCAACUCUAAGCUGAAGCUUUCUGGUCUCGGUGCAGUGGAGAGCAUUCACCCCGGAGCCCUCCUCGUAGAGGCUGUCUUUGAGGAGGCCUGUAAAUACUACCAGCAGAGGAGCCUGAGCAGCACUCAGCUCACUGUGGACACGCUGAAGAAAGGAGGCCGGUUCCAGGCUCCCAUCUCUUUAGCCUCCAUCCUCAGGAUCUACCUCAGCACAGGGUUGAAGCAGAAAGGAGCAGAGCCGUCCCAGAAUGGAGGAGGAGGAUGCACAGCAGGGCAAGACAAGCUAAUGGGCUCUUUGGAGGCUGAGCUCAAGGCUCUGGUCUCUCUGGAGGAGGUGAAGGAGAGUUUAGUGAGGGGGAAUGUUAAGGAGGUGGAGGCAGUGUGUGAGAGUCUUGUUGAGAAAGAAGUAGCCAGGCUGCUGUCGACCUCAGAGCUGAAUAAAGAGGCGCUGCUUUACCUCAACUCCAUCUUCAGCCUCUUCCCCUGCCAGGCGUGGAGAGCAGCACAGGCCGCCCUGCAGCUACACUACCACGAGGAGGGCUCUCUGUCCAGCAGGGCUCCCUCAGACGUGUGGAAAACUGUCCUCAGUCCUGCUAUGACACCCAGCACCCCAUCCUGCCUCCAAUUCACAAACGGCGGGCCAAAACACAAUCAUACCCACAAAGGUGAUCACAUCGCCAACUGCAAUGCCAAACCUACAAGCACCUCUUCUCCAGAUGCCCUGCCUGUGUUUGAGCUCCUCUGCCACUCAGUUUUCCACUUCCAGCCCAGCUGGUUGCCCAGGUUCCUCGAGCUCGUCCAGCAGCAGCAGGGCUCAGCCGGCCUGGGACUGAGCCUGGCCUCUUCCUCCUGGGGCUACUCCGGCGGGAGAGGAGGGGAGGGCGGGGGGAACAACGUGCUGCUCUACAAACGAGCCCUAGGCGUCUUGUCCAGGUUGACCCCAGACAGAGACAAGCGGCAGGACAUGGAGGUGGAGCUGCUGCUGGUCAGUGGGCGGCCUAACGCCAUCCUGCAGGCGCUGAGGAUCCUCAUGGCCAAGCAGCGCUGGGAGCGGGUCACCCAGGUGGCCCAGAAGUUCUGCAAGCAGAGUCCGCUGCUCAACAAGGAGAUUUUCACUACUCUGCUGUGCGAGGUGGCUCAGCACAGAGACCUGGACCCCUAUCUGGAGCUGCUGUGGGCGCUGUGCCCCGAGGACCUCACUGUCACCACCAUUCUCAACUUGGUGUUGAAGAACCUCCCCUGCCCGAACACCCCGCCUUCCUCCUCCUCCUCUUCCUCCUCAUUCUCCAUGUCCAGUACAACCUCCUCAACCCCUGCUCCCUUCACAGACUCCCACAGCAGCCAGUUGACCAUCGGGCUGUUGAAACCUCUGCUGAGAAAAGUGCUUCAGAGGGAGACCAAGCCUAGCCAGCGCUACGCAGACAUCCUCCAGUCACCAUCAUUCCCCCCUCCUGCACCUCCUCGCCAGCCUGCAGAGCAGCCCAGGACUGCCACAGUUCCUAGCACAGAGCCUUCUCUCGCUAACAACAUCGCCCCGUCUUCUCUUGCAGAAACACCCGAACAGCAGCCGUCCACUCACACGGCUGUCCCAAGAGACAGGGUGGCACUAACCACUAACCCUGUCUGAUCCCCAUAGAAAUGAACAAACGCUUAAUAUGGAGAACAGAAACACAAAACAUUCCACACAGCGUUGACAAUCAGAUGAAAACAGAAUCUGUAUGUUACAGACUCCGUCUUGUCCUCUGUGCUCCCUCGCUGCCCGACUCGCAGGACAUUCCACACGUAAUACCUGACUCACAGUUCGAUUUUAAAUUCAAUUUUGGAGGUAAUUCUGUUAGGAGUCGAGUAUGAGUUGGGCACACUGUGACUAGGCGCCCUGCUGCUCGCAUAAGGUCAUGUACGUCUUCCUUCACAGACCCAGUGAGGCUGUAAUGUUACUAGAGAUGUUAGGUCCUGUUAGUUUUCUCUAUGCUCUGGAACUGAUUGCACUUUUAUAUCGCCCCAGUCAGCAUUGUUUGUACCAUGCCGCUGUUGAAAUGAAUGUUUUCUGAUUUUAAGUGCCGAUCAAUGCCUUUUGUUAAUGUUUAAGCUGUGUGUGUAUGU